AUGGACAACUUUAAACGAGUCUCAGCUAUUGCCAUUGUAGUAUCGACGCUUGUGGCAGCCCCAUUAGUUCAGGGCGCCUAUCUUCCUCAAAGCAGCUGGGAUUCUGCUGCACAUAGUGAUUCACUUCAAAAGCGUGCCCUGUCUGAUAAGAUCCCAGACUUAUCCAGGGACACCCAAUCCACUGACAAUGAUGAGCUCGACCAAAACGAAACAGAAGGAUCUGCAAUUGCUGAGGACGGAGCACCUCAUACUCGCCCACCAUAUGACCAGUCCAAAGAUGGCUACAGCUACCAUAGCACCAAGAAUGAGUUGCAGCAAAACCAACAGCCACAGCAGCAAAGACAAGAAGAACCAACUAAACCAACUAUUGAAUUUCAAUUACACGCGGGCAGGCCCGAAUUUACAACAGAAAAUUCAGCAGAAGAAAAUAUUGAAGCUGCAGUCAAAUAUACAAAUAAUGAGGAGAGUUUAGUAGCUGACAGAACUAAAGAGCGAGAAUACGACACUGAAAACGGAAACGGAAACGAAAAUGACGAUGAGGACGGUGUUAUCCCGUUCUCUAAUGAACAGACAGCCUACUAUGAUAAUGAGGUGUUUGACGAUAUGCCGGAAGACCUCAUGGAUGCAGAAGACGUGUCUAGUAAUCGCGCAAGUACUGACACCAAACUCGCCAUCGUAUCGGACCGAGAUGAGCUGGAGUCUCCAGGCCUAGGCUAUGCAGUGAAUAGACUACCAAUUCCUGCACCUGGCUCUGAUUCUUAUUCUUCUUCAUCUGGAGCUGGUGCUAGUGCUGAUGCUGAUGCUGCGCAUGCAUUCGAUAUUGAUCAGAAUGAUGUUGAUGCUGCAGACCUUGGCAGUUUGGCGGCGUUGAGCUUCUUGUCUCAGCCCGAGCGCGAGGAGAUCCGAACGUUGAUCAAGAGCCAAGAGGAGGAGGCUGUUCAGGAACUUGAGCAUGAGAUCGCAGAAACAUUGACAAGAGCUGUUUAUGCUAUGAGUAAGAGUCGACCUGCGCCAUGGACGGAUGAUCCAAUCGAACUCUACCAGGCAUACACAAGACCGAUUGCAAUCCAGAGUCCCACAACUGACACAAAGCAACGAGCUCUUGGCCUCUCGGGAUCAGCAAAACAAAAGGGCGGGCGCACCUCUACCUCAAAUACACGCUUCUCAAAAGGUCCACAAGAAUACCCUUUAGCAGCUAUUAUCAUUAUUCUCUGUCUACUUAUUUGGGUAAUUCUAAAGGUGCCAAGUCUUAAAAAAUUGGUGCAUUCAUGUGUUGACCCAGAAAAGUCCAGUCUUCCGUUUCACCAUUCAGCAAAGACCAAGACCAAGACAAUGGACUAGGCCGUAGACUGGGACAUAGACCUGGCCAGGCCAGACCAGACCAGACCAAACCAGACCAAACCAGGCCAGGCCAGGCCCAAAGAAAACAAAAGCUUGAAAUAUAUUUUGUACAAAGAAAAAUCAAACAAAAAGCAGAAAAAAAAACAAAGACUAUCACCCUAACAACCCAUAUCCCAACUAUCACACCUUACAAACAGACAGCCUAAAAGACAUAUAUACAGAUUUGUAUGUAUGUUUUUGUAUCUGUGUGGGUGGGUGAGUAGGUGUAUGGGUGUGUUUGCCUUAAUCCCCUAAAACAGAAAACCAAAAACCAAAAACCAAAAACAAAGAGGGAUUGCAUUGCCAGUAUAUGCACUUCACUUUCUGCGCAAGUUAACCAAAUUUCACCACCUAUUAUAGCACUACAAAGCCCUUGAUUAUAUACUCACUUACCUAUUUACCUACCUAUUUACCUACCUAUUACUUACCUAUUUACUUACCUAUUUACUUAUUUAUUUACAAAUCUCCUAGUGAGAUUUUCUUGCAUUUUUUCUUUCUUACAUAUAUUGUACUUAAUCGGAUCUCUAUGCCUUUCUUUUUAUCAUUUUGUUUUAUUGGUAAAGAAUUAUUGAAGCUAUUUUGGAUUCUUUAAUCAAAAAUCAAAUUAAAAUU